ACAACAAUGAAGACGGCUGUAUUGUUUCUGGCGUUGAUGCCAUUCGUGUUCUCGGCUCAUGUUGUGCAGGACAGAUUCAUCGAGUCUCUACUCGGCGGAUACGAUAUCCUAGAUUUGGCCAAGCAGCUCCUUAGUCAGUUUGGUACUGACGAAACCGAGCAACAAUGUGAAACCGAGUUAUGCCCUCCUCUCCUCGACAAAAUUGACGGACACAACCCCCUCAUUACAGGCCUUGUGUGCGCUGCUGUCUGCAAAGAGGCUCAAGUUCUUGCCAGCACCUUCGUUCCACAACAGGGAGGCAAAUAGAGAUCCACAUCACCAGCUCGGCAAAUCGAUUUCAAUGUGUCUAUGAUCACACUUUACA